ACAUUGGAGUUACUAAUUAAAUAUGUCGCAGAAAGAUAUCGAAGGUGCUCAAAAGUGCAAACAACUUUUAACAGUUGAUCAAGAAGAAACAAACAACAACAUCAUAAAACAUAGUAAACGACGUCGUGGAGGAUGGACUACAUUCCCUUUCAUUUUAGGAUGUAUGUUUGGUUUAACCUUGGCAACAGGAGGCUGGAUAGGAAACCUGAUUGUCUACCUUAUCAGCAAGUACAAUGUGAAGAGCAUCGAUGCCACUCAGAUCAAUAACGUCGUCUUCGGCUGCUUCUUUUUAUUUCCCCUCCUUGCAGCUAUUAUCUCUGACUCCUUUCUCGGCCCCUUCCCAGUCAUCAUACUUUCCUCUCUUGUUUCUCUCCUGGGUAUGAUAUUAUUGACAUUAACAGCUGCAAUUCCUUCCCUAAGACCUUCAGCAUGUACGAACAUGUCGCUCCCGUGUGAGUCUCCAUCAAAGGCUCAGUACGGAAUCCUGUACAUAACAUUGGGGUUGGCUUGCAUCGGGUUUGGAGGGUCACGUUUCACCACGGCUACAAUGGGAGCUGAUCAGUUUGAGGAUUCUAACAGUAUUGGUAUCUAUUUCAAUUGGUACUACUGUCUCCUUUAUGUUUCAGGUACCAUAAGUUCGACCGCCAUAGUCUACGUUCAAGAUAAUGUAAGCUGGACCAUCGGGUUUGGGAUUUGUGUUGCUACCAACGUACUUGGUCUGCUACUAUUCUUGUCAGGAAAGAACUUUUACAAACGAAUCAAACCCAAAGGUAGCCCUUUUGCUAGCAUUGCUCGAGUUGUCGUUGCAGCAAUCAGGAAGCGAAAGGUUUCUCCAAGAAACCAAGACUAUUACUAUGACAUCAACGACAAAUCUAACACAAUCCCAUCAAAUGGUUUCAGGUUCUUAAACCGUGGGGCUUUGAAGCUUGAAUCAGAUGUUCUAAUAACAAGAUCAUGGAGCCUAAGUACUGUACAAGAAGUGGAAGACUUGAAAACACUAAUCAGAAUAAUGCCACUUUGGUCUUCUAGUGUUCUGUUAAGUGCUCUUGUUGGCAUGUUUAACAACUUUAUCAUCCUGCAAGCUCUGGCCAUGGAUAGACACCUUGGUGGUUCCAAUUUCAAAAUCCCUGCUGCAUCUUUCUUAUUUUUCAACACUCUAUCCACAAGUAUCUCAAUAUUCUUACUCGAUCGCUUCCUUUUUCCAAUGUGGCAAAAACUAAGCACUAGAUCUUUAACGCCUCUUCAAAAAAUAGGAAUCGGGCAUGUACUCAAUGUUGCCGGGUUGGUGUCCUCUGCCUUAAUUGAGGCACGUAGGCUACACGUAGCUAAAUCCCAUAAUCCGAUUGGCUCAGGCCCCACAAUUGUUUCAUUGGCAGCAUUAUGGCUUGUUGUACCUUUAACAAUAGUAGGAAUAAGUGAAGGAUUUCAUUUUCCAGGCCAAAUUUUGUUAUACUAUGAAGAAUUUCCAGUAUCUUUGCGUAGUACAUCCUCGGCCAUGAUAUCGUUGUUGGUUGGAGUUGGAUAUUAUCUUAGCACAGCGAUUACCAGCUUGAUUCGGAAAAGUACAACGUGGUUGAUGGAUGACCUAAAUGAUGGUAGAUUGGACAUGGUUUACUGGAUGCUAGCAAUAUUAGGGGUAGUCAACUUUGGGUAUUUCAUAAUUUGUGCUAAGAUGUUUAAGCAUAAAUUGAAAAACCAUGAUGAUCAGAGUCAUGUAGAAAAUGUUUCAACUUCUUGAAUA